CCAGCGCCAGAUUCAAAGAGCCAAGGAGAGAAGAAGGAGAGCAGCAGAAGCCUUCAGCCGAUUUCAGAAACCUCCAUCUCUACUCAUUUAGAGAUUCAAGCUCCAUCGGAACGGCUUUCUGGAAUUCCUUCUCCUUCCUUGGUGUUAUUUGUUGCAGCGUUUGAAAAAAAAAAAAAGAAAAAAAAUGACAAGCAGUAAAGUCGUCGGCGCCGUCUUCGUGAUGCUCGUGGCCUUUGUGGCUUUCAGUGAAGGAAUGAGUCUGAGAAGCCUGGGAGUGGAGCAGCACUGCCGCUGCAUCCAGACGGAGAGCAAAAUCAUCCUCCGCUACAUCGAGAAGGUGGAGCUGAUCACGGCCAACUCCCACUGCGACGAGGCCGAGAUCAUUGCCACUCUGAAAAAGACCGGCCAACAGGUUUGCCUGAACCCCGAAGCUCCCUGGGUGAAGAAAGUGAUCCAGAGGAUCCUGGCCAACAGAAGACGCUGAGCCGGCCGGCAGGGAUGUGUUUCAUGGGUCUGGGCCGUCGCAAAGGACAUAUGAAAAGUGCCAAGAAGUAUUUAUUGUCCCCUCCACUUUUUAGUGUUGGAGGAGGUGAUCAAAGGGAACUAUGUUUGUAUCAAACACCUCGUUCAUUCACAAGCCUCGGCUUGUUUGUUUGUGUCACUCUGUGAGGCCGCUUGGCUGCUCUAGUUUGUAACAACAACUUCUACAAUACUGAAGUGUUAUUAUAUAUGCUAUUUUAAAUAUUUAUGUAUCGUUAAUGUAUUAUGUUAUUAAUUUUUUCAGCUGUGUAAAUUGGCUGACAAACCAGUUCAAAUAAAAAAAGGUUUACACGAAAUUGUAA